AUGUUCGUUCGGUUGACUUCGUUCCUUGUACUUCUCACAUCUGCAUCUUUGUCCUUUGGCUUCGACAAUUCUCGCAACGAUAAUGUCGCCGUGUACUGGGGGCAGAACUCCUAUGGCGCUACCCAUACCAGUGACACCGCUAACUGGCAGCAGAAGCUGGCGUUUUACUGCCAGGACGACAGCAUCGACGCCUUCCCUAUCGCAUUUUUGAACGUGGCUUUCAGCACCGGUAACCUCCCAUCGAUAGACCUUGCCAAUAUAUGCAACGUCAACGACGACCCCGUCUUUGCCGGGACCAACCUUCCCAACUGCUCUUUCCUCGCCUCAGACAUUACCACGUGUCAGUCGAAGGGCAAGAUCGUGACCAUCAGCAUUGGAGGUGCGACGGGAGCCGUCAGCUUCACGUCCCAGAGCCAAGCUCAAGGUUUCGCCGACACGAUUUGGAACACGUUCCUUGGCGGUUCCAGCUCGACCAGACCCUUUGGUAGUGCCGUCCUGGAUGGUGUUGACCUCGACCUCGAAGGAGGCUCUUCAUCCUUCUGGCCUGAUUUUAUCACUCAGAUCAGGUCACAUGCUAGCGGUGCCAGCAAGCAGUACUAUGUCACCGGUGCCCCGCAAUGUCCCUUCCCUGAUGCGUACAUGGGAUCGAUCAUCAACGCUGUCGGCUUCGAUGCUGUCUACGUUCAGUUCUACAACAACUACUGCGGCCUCGGGAACUUCAACAAUCCGAAUGACUGGAAUUUCGACCAAUGGGAUACGUGGGCAAAGACCGUCUCCCCGAACCCGAACGUGAAAGUUUAUAUCGGCGCACCGGCCUCGAGCACAGCCGCAGGCUCCGGAUACGUUGACGUCGGCACGCUCGGAAGCAUCGCACAGGCCACCCGGAACCAAUACUCCUCUUUCGGCGGCGUGAUGCUUUGGGACGCCUCGCAAGCCUAUGAGAAUGGCCGGUACGAUGCUGCGAUCAAGCAGGCGCUUGCUAGCGGAGGUUCUGGUGGCUCGACUACGACCUCGACGACAAGUACAACUAUGACUACAACGUCCAAGCCGGCAACGACUUCGACUUCGACUUCUUCUGCUCCUUCGACGACGACCACUGCACCCUCGAGCGGGAGCUGUGGCGUCGUCGCCGCUUGGCAGAGAAACAUUGCUGGUGGAGACCAAGUGACCUACAGCGGCCAUCUAUGGACCGCCAAGUGGUGGAGCUACGGCGACGUCCCCGGAGGCACAGCCGGAGACUGGACGGACGACGGCCCCUGCGCGUCUGUCAAAGUCGCCAAAACGAACUACAGGACCGCGGUCGCCCACGCGUCCAUCCCCACCACCGCGCAGACCGGCCCUGCGCCUGUCCCCACCAUCGUCGUCACCUGA